AUGGCUCCUCAAGUCUUCCUCGUCACUGGAUCUACAUCCGGUAUUGGAGCAGCCUUGGUGGAACACAUACUCUCCCGCGGCGACAAAGUGAUUGCAACCGGCAGAAAGGUUGAAGAGAAGCUCGGUCACGUCAAGGCUCAAUAUGAAAACAUUGCCCUGAUGGAGUUGGAGGUCACUGCCGGCAUCGAAGUGAUCAGAACCCAAAUUGAGACGGCCUGGAACAUUUUUGGUCACAUUGACGUUGUGAUGAAUAAUGCUGGCAUGUCCGCCAUGACGGCCAUCGAGGAUGCAAAUGAUGCAUAUGUCCAAAACAUGUUCUCAGUCAAUCUCUUUGGCCCGGCUCACAUUACCCAGGCCAUUCUGCCUCUGUUUCGCGCCCAGGGCCACGGCUGCGUCGCAUUUACCUCCUCGAGCUCAAGUUGGAUGGCUCUCCCCACCAUGUCCCACUACUCAAUGACCAAAGCAGCUCUCAGUGCUUUUGCAGAGUGCCUUCACAAGGAGGUCAGUGACCUGGGGAUUCGCAGUGUCGCCUUCGACUGCGGCGGCUUCAUCACCAACCUGAUGCAGCCUCGUCAAGGGGCGCACGCUAGCCCUGCCGGUCCUGAGCCAUCCAAUGCGUACAAGCCACUGUUUGACAACAUCAUCGGAAUGUUUUCGAACGACCCCAUGAGUCUUAUGCCGGGAUCCCCCGCCAAAGCUGCUUCCACCAUGAUUGAUGUUAUCAAGGGAGAGGGCGUUGCGGCUGGCCGGCCUUGGGCUGCCCGCGUUGUGCUGGGCUCGGACGCAUAUGACAGCGGAUUAAAUCGAAGACAGGAGGAGCUUCAACUGCUCAAGGCCUGGCAACCAGUCAGUGCAAGCACUGAUGAGCGAAGGUUUGAGCCUCGGGAUGAUUUUCGCAAGGUUAGCAGGAUGACUGGUGUGGACCAGCUCUGA